AAUCCAGUGUCUUGACUAUCUGCUGUUGUCGAUCCCCGUGGCCACCGUUUAUUCGUGGGGGCUUGAAUGUCAGAGAGACAAUCGUAUACCAACCCCGGAGGGUGCAGUGCAGGGCUGCUGCUGCUUGCUGCUGCUACACUGAUCUGCGAGAUAUCCACUUUCCCUUUAGGACGCGGGAUGACGUCGGAGGUACACACGCGCGCCCGAUAUCUGGACGUCCUUUUCGAGAUCCGGGACGCUAUAGACAAUGUGGAGGCUUGCUGUGCAUCCAUUGUGGUGGUGUUCGAUGCUGAUCCAAUCGCAGGUGGGCUUGGGCUACAGACAAGACUAUAGUGGUUGAAAAAAC